AUGCUUGAUUCUGCUUUAUUUCAUCGGAAAGCAUUGGAGAACCUUGGACUAGUGGAGGACAAUUAUAAAACUUGUCCAGAUUCUGAUCAAUGGUUAAAGAUUGAAAAAUUGACGGGCUUUUUGCAUCCCUUCUAUGAAAUCACUAUUUUGCUUUCAGGUUCUAAGUAUCCUACAUCAAAUUUGUAUUUUGAAAAUGUUUGGGAGAUUCAUAAAAGUUUGUUAGAAGAGGUAUCACAUGGGCUUAGUUUUAUGAGGCCAAUGGCAAUUGAAAUGAAAAAGAAAUUUGACAAAUAUGGGAGGAACUAUAGUCCAAUUUUGGCCAUUGCCUUGGUGUUCGAUCCUCGUUACAAGCUUAGUUUUGUGACUUGGGCAUUUGCUAAGCUUGCUCCUUUGGACCCAACUAGAAUUGAUAUGGGAAACAAUGUGAAAUCUGCUUUGUAUAAGCUUUUUAAUGAAUACAAGAGUAUGAAUGCAAGUGAUUAUGAGAUUCCAGUACUGUUCACUCGUCCUGGGAAAUCUAGAACCAGAACUGAAUUUAUGCAAUCCGUGAUUGAUGAGGCAGAUAAUGGAACUACAUCUCAGCUAGAUGUGUAUCUAGAUGAAUCCAAGAUUCCAUUCAGUGAUCAUGAUGAUGAGUAUGAUGUGUUGGCUUUUUGGAAGGCGAAUGGGUCAAGGUAUCCAGACAUGGCUCGGAUGGCUCGUGAUGUCUUAGCUAUACCAGUUUCAACGGUUGCAUCUGAGUCAGCUUUUAGCGCUGGGGGUCGUGUUAUUGACAAAUAUCAGAGCAAACUACUACCUACCAACACUGAAGCACUGAUAUCUGAACCUGUUGAUGAUCCCGUUGAUGUGGACAACGCGCUAGGAAAUGUUCUUGGACGGUUACAGAUUGAAAGGGAGACCGAAGACUAG